GCGCAUAAAACUGACCGGCGCUUCGGCAAGUGCUACUAGUCUCUCGUCUGACGUGGUUCGCGGCAAAUGUUCGAUACGUGCGAGGGAAAAUCGCGCCGCAUCCGCGAGAAUACGGACACACGUACGUUCGCGCGGCCGACUGUGGGACACCGAUUUCCCGGCAAGGUGGAGCGACUUUUCGAAUGGUAGCGGAAACGAAACCCAGUGGUCUAUCAUGAACAUCGAUGAGUUCCGGGUGCGCGGCAAGGAGAUGAUCGAGUACAUAUGCGAGUACAUCCGCACGUUAGAGGGCAAGAGAGUGACGGCGAACGUGGAUCCCGGCUAUCUGAGACCCCUCUUGCCGAAGGAGGCACCCCUGAAGCCGGAAUCAUGGGACGCCAUCAUGAGGGACGUCGACGGCAAAAUAAUGCCCGGAAUCACCCACUGGCAACAUCCGCGAUUCCACGCCUACUUCCCGUCCGGCAACUCGUUCCCUUCGAUCUUGGGCGACUUGCUGUCGGAUGCGAUCGGCUGCAUCGGUUUCUCGUGGGCGGCCAGUCCGGCCUGCACCGAGCUGGAGACUAUCGUCUUGGAUUGGUACGCUAAGGCGAUCGACUUGCCAGCUGAUUUCCUGUCGGAGCAGAAGACCUCCGCCGGCGGCGGAGUGAUCCAAGGCUCGGCGUCCGAGUGUAUCCUGGUGACGAUGUUGGCGGCGCGCCAUCAGGCGAUCAAGAUGCUGAAGGAACAGGAGCCGAACACGGAGGACUCCGCCUUCCUGCCGCGGUUGGUGGCCUACUGUUCCACGGAGUCGCACUCUUGCGUGGAGAAGGCGGCGAUGAUCAGCCUGGUGAAGCUGCGGGUGCUCGAGCCGGACGAGAAGGCAGCGUUGCGCGGCAAACGUCUCGAGUCGGCGAUCAGGGAGGAUGUGGCGAGCGGUUUGGUGCCGUUCUACGUGUCCACCACGCUGGGAACCACCGGGUCGUGCGCCUUCGACAAUCUCGUGGAGAUCGGGCCGGUGUGCAAGCUAUACCCGAACGUAUGGCUGCACGUGGACGGCGCUUACGCCGGCAACGCAUUCAUCUGCCCAGAGAUGAGGCCGUUCAUGGCCGGCAUCGAGCACGCAGACUCUUUCAAUACGAAUCCCAACAAGUGGCUGUUGGUGAACUUCGACUGCUCUUGCCUGUGGGUGCGCAAUCGGGUGAAGUUGACGUCGGCCUUGAUCGUGGAUCCUCUGUACCUUCAGCACGCGCGCUCAGGCGAGUCGGUGGACUAUCGUCAUUGGGGUAUCCCGCUCAGCAGACGCUUCAGAGCGCUGAAACUCUGGUUCGUGUUGCGCUCGUACGGCAUCAACGGUCUGCAGAAGUACAUCAGGAACCACAUCAGGCUGGCGAAGCGAUUCGAGGCGCAUAUGAAGAAAGACCGGCGGUUCGAGAUCCUCAACGACGUACGGGUCGGUCUUGUGUGCUUCCGGCUGAAGGAGAGCGAGGAGAUGAAUCAGGAACUGUUGGCGAAUAUCAACGCCAGCGGCAGGCUGCAUAUGAUACCGGCCCGUGUCAUGGGCAAGUACGUACUCCGUUUCUGCGUGACGAAGGAGGACGCGGCCGAGGAGGACAUCGAUUACGCGCUCAACGUGAUCGAGGAGCACGCUACAGAGGUGAUGUUGGCGCACUACGAGGGCACGGAGGACGAGUAUAGGGCCAAAGGACCCAAGAGUCCCGCCUCCUUGGAUAAGAAACUCGUGCGGAAGUUCAGCUUCACCAGAAGCGUCACCAGAGAUGCCUACAAACGUUCAAUUUCCAAGUCUAGCCUGCAUGACGGCGCGACGCCCAUCAUGGUCGUCGACGACAACUCGCAGGUCGACGCUAUCGAGGACGAUCAUUUCCGUAACAGCAGGUCGUGACGAUGUCGAUGACGGUCUCCAGCGCCGACUCGGGACGAGGUGGAUGAUAAUAAAAAGGGCCCUCGAUACACGGCCGUAUGAUUUGGAAGCAUUGACGGUCUGCCGUGGCCGGUUUGGUGAUUUCCGAGUUCGCAAUUCCCGAUAAAUGACUAUUCACGUCGCCACGUAAGUGUUUAGCCGAGUCGUUCCAUCCGGAUGAAGUUUGUCGGAUUGCUAUUCGAAAUGAUCGCUCGACAACGUUUGUUCUCUCUCGCACACGAAUGAUUCUUCGUGGCGACACACAGACUGCGUCGAUGAUGCUCCUCGACAUUGAGCCAAGUUCUCUGAUAAAGCGUCGGAGAUUGUGACAUCCUCGAGCUCACUUUCUAGACGCUCCGAAAUCAGCGACGAAAGUCGAGAGGCACAAUAUGAAUAAUAAGCACAAUAAUAUAAGAAAUCUCUCUGUGAAUAUAGAGAAUGCAAUGCCGCGCAAUAUUAUAUUACUUAUUUAUAUCUCUUACUAACAGAAAAUAUAUCUUUUCGAGACAAAAUUAUUGUCUCAAUAUUUAAAAUAUUGAGACAUUAACAUUUUAAUAUUUGUCUUGAAUAUUUAAAAUAUUCAAACUAAUAUCCAAAUAAUUAAAAUUAUAUUCGGGAGACUUUAAUCUCAUAUCAUGUUGAUCUCAAAAUCAGACCUGUCACGAUAUUAAAAAUAAGAUAACAGUCACAGCAUAAAAUUAUAAUACAAUCCACAUUUUAGCAAAUAGUGUGACGUGAUAUUUAUCCUUCACAUUCAUACGGGGACAUACAUUCGGGGAACACGAAUGCAACUUGCGAAGCCGGGAGGAACGCUUUCUCUUCCGA